AUGUCUUUACAAGAGGAACAAGCCGAACAACGGCGUUAUUUGCAAAUGCGACAACGUCAACAAAUGGCAUUGAGAGCGCAGCAAAUGGCCGCAUUGCAACAACAACAACAAGCAGCAAACCAGAUAGGAAGUCAAAUGGGGACCACAAUGAACCAGAUGGGCUCAAAGCAGGUUCACCAAAUUGGUAGUCCUUUCGACGACAUUCCAGUGCAAGCACCCGAGGACAACGGCAUCCUUUAUCAGCGAAAUGUGUCACCCGCAGCCGCCUCAUUUUUCUCUGCCUGCAAAGCCGGCGACAUGCUCACCAUCCAGUCAAUCAUCACCUCUCAAGCUCGCACGCCAGUCUUUCUUCACCACGGUCUAAUCAACGCUCUGGAAAGCGGAAACGUCGAAAUUGCACGAUAUCUGCUCCAAUCUGGAGCACCCAUCUCACGACAAACACCAGAGAUUGUUCUCAAAGCCCCAGCCGAUCAGCAAAUCGCCCUUUUCGAGGUUCUUGCCGAACAUGGCUGGACUGUCAAUACGCCAGGUUUCUACGGCGAGGUCCUCCUCACAAGACUCAUCAAGUACAACAACGAAACACUCAUCGACUGGUUCCUCGCGCAAGGUGCAGACCCAAAUCUGGGCAGCCAGCAAGAUUACCGCGACCGUCUAGGCGGACCCGACACAAGCUCGUGCCAGGCACUGGAGCUGGCAGCAACGUAUGGCAGUGCAGACUUGGUGCAGAAGCUUCUAAACGCCGGCGCCAAAAUCACCAACGGGGCCCCGCUGUACUACGCAGUAGGUGCUUUGCCACCAGGCGCAAACCCCCAUGCUGGACGCGUCACGCCAACAAGAGAAUUUGACGUCUCUAGAAUACCCGUCAUGCAGCUACUUGUGGAGAAUGGUGCCGGAGUUAACGACAAGCUUGAGACGCGCCAUAUGGUAGCGCUGUACCCGAUUGUGAAUGCCGUAUGGGCGGGCGCUGUUGAGAGAGUGAAAUGGCUUUUGGACCAGGGGGCGGAUCCUGAUCAGAAGGGACCUUACGGCAGUGCUAAAGAUUACGCUGGCAGGUUGAGCAGUGACGAGAUGAAACAGGCGCUUGGAAUAAUGUAG